AUGGAUGAGGCUGAGUCCCUUUCGGACCACUUAUAUGUUAUAUUUAAGUAUAUGCACGAGGCUGCAGGAUUCCGAAGCCUUCGCUCUAGGAAUGAAAUAUUCCCUAAAUGGGACGCGAGGGCUGUGAGAGAGUACAGGCUUGCGGCAGCCCUUAUCUCCAGUGAGUGGAUACGAGACGAUAGUGACAAUGUGCGGGACUUGGUGAAGUGGGUAAACAAUACUCUCCUCACUUCGUGCGAUAUGUCCAUGUCAAGGGUGAGGAUAACGGCGGACAGGGGUCGUGUGGUGCUAUUGUGGUCGUGGGAAAUUGCACUACUGCGGGGGACGGCUACAACGGCAAGAAGACGUUAUUUAAGGGCCAGAASAGGUGGUGAUCCGGUCAGGAUUAGGGAGUGUUUGGAGGACAGGAGAGAGAAAAGAAAAAAUCUAGUCCGUGCCAUAAGGAGGGCCAAGGCCUUAGCUUGGAGGGAUUUUAUUGCAACGAUUGAAGAUGAUCCUURAGGGAGACCCUACAGGCUGGUUAUGGGUAAAUUAAGGGCUCGURGUGUUCCUCUGACUGAGGCAUUGGAUCCUCAUUUAUUGGAAAGGAUUGUGGCGACGCUGUUUCCGGAGGGCGGAAGAUCAAUUGCCCUAAAUGUUGAGGUGGGAGAUGCGGAAGAAUUAGUCGUCACAAUUGGGGAAGUACAUAAGGUUGCGAAAAGAAUUAACCUUGGGAGACCACCGGGUCCUGACGGGAUCCCUGGCCUAGUGGUGAAGAGAGCGGCAACACAUUGUGGUCAAAGUUUGGUAGAGUGUUUCACCAUGUUGCUAAGAAGUGGAGUCUUCCUACAGGUGUGA